CAGCACAUCAAGGCCCAAGCUAUAAGAUUCUAUUCUCGGAGAAACCCGCCCGAACCCUCAUUUCCCCGUCCGCCGCCAGAGCGGGAGAACACCCGCGCCGCCUCCAGCAGCACUUGGCGGAGAGGGCGCGACCUCUCUUGCCGACAAAUCGGUCCUCUUCCUCCGAGCGCCUAACGAGGAAUAGGUAUUCAAGUUUUGUAUCACCAAGAUGGUGCAAUACAAUUUCAAGAAGAUCACUGUUGUCCCUCCCGGGAAGGACUUCAUUGACAUAAUCCUGUCCCGCACUCAAAGGCAGACACCGACUGUUGUCCACAAGGGAUAUGCUAUCUCCCGCAUUCGCCAGUUUUACAUGCGCAAGGUUAGAUAUUCCCAGCAGAACUUCUAUGAAAAGCUCUCCACCAUCAUCGAUGAGUUUCCUCGACUGGAUGACAUCCACCCUUUCUAUGGUGAUCUCCUCCACGUGCUCUACAACAAGGAUCACUACAAGCUUGCGCUGGGUCAAAUCAACACAGCUAGGAAUAUCAUUGCAAAGAUAUCCAAGGACUACUUGAGGCUGCUCAAGUAUGGAGACUCCCUUUACCGGUGCAAGUGUUUGAAGGUGGCUGCACUAGGUCGCAUGUGCACUGUUGUGAAGAGGAUCAGUCCUAGUUUGGCUUACUUGGAGCAGAUCAGGCAGCACAUGGCCAGGCUUCCAUCCAUAGACCCGAACACCCGUACUGUGCUGAUUUGUGGAUAUCCAAAUGUGGGGAAGAGUUCGUUCAUGAACAAGGUUACAAGGGCAGAUGUGGAUGUCCAGCCAUAUGCCUUUACAACAAAAUCCCUGUUUGUUGGCCACACAGAUUACAAGUACCUGCGCUACCAAGUGAUUGACACACCAGGUAUACUUGACCGGCCUUUUGAAGAUAGGAACAUCAUAGAAAUGUGUAGCAUCACUGCGCUGGCACACUUGAGGGCUGCGGUGUUGUUCUUUCUAGACAUUUCUGGAUCUUGUGGGUACAGUAUCGCUCAGCAAGCUGCACUCUUCCACAGUAUAAAGUCUCUGUUUAUGAAUAAGCCUUUGGUCAUUGUGUGCAACAAGACUGACUUGCAGCCACUUGAAGGGCUUUCUGAGGAUGACAUGAAGUUAGUCAUGGAGAUGAAGGCAGAGGCUAUGAAGACUAUAACUCAAGCUGUUGGUCCUAAUGAAGAGGGUGUUUUAUUGACUAUGAGCACUUUAACAGAUGAUGGUGUAAUGGCUGUGAAAAAUGCUGCAUGCGAGAGGCUUCUUGAACAGAGGGUGGAUGUGAAGAUGAAAUCAAAGAAGAUGAUGGAUUGCUUGAAUAGGUUUCAUGUUGCUGUUCCAAAGCCUCGUGACAACAAGGAGCGGCCUGUUUGCAUCCCUCCGGCUGUUCUGGAAGCUAGGGCAAAUGCUGCUGCUAAGGAAAAGAAGAAGCUUGAGAAGGACAUUGAGAAUGAGAAUGGAGGUGCUGGGGUAUAUUCUGCAAGUCUCAAGAAACAUUAUAUAUUGGCUAAUGAUGAAUGGAAGGAAGAUAUUCUUCCAGAGAUACUGGAUGGUCACAACGUUGCAGAUUUUCUGGAUCCGGAUAUCCUAGUAAGGUGUGAAGAGUUGGAAAGGGAGGAAGGGCUUCGCCUGGAAGAACAAGCUGCAGAAGAUGCUUUCCAGAUUGAUGGCCAUGAACUAACUCAGGAACAGAAGGAGAUUCUGGCUCAGAUUAGGAAGAAGAAGGCAUUACUUAUCCAAGAACAUAGAAUGAAGAAGAGAACUGCAGAAAGCCGUCCUAUUGUCCCUAGAAAGUUUGACAAAGAUAGGAAAUUCACAACUAAUAGGAUGGGACGGCAGCUUUCCUCUAUGGGUGUGGAUCCUAUUGCUGCCAUCAAUAGAGCUCGUAGCCAGUCUAGGGGCCGCAAGCGUGAGAGGUCAGUGAGCAGAGCUGCAGCUGAUGGUGACGGUAUGGAGAUAGAUGGCCAGCAAUCCAACAAGAAACUGCGUCGUACAUCAAGGUCGAGGUCGAGGUCACGGGCUCCUGAGGAGGUCAUUCCUGGAGAAGGAUUCAAGGACUCUGAGCAGAAGAAGAAGGCUAUCAAGAAAGCAAAGGCCUCUACAAGGAACAGGAACAAGGAUGCUCGCCGUGGAGAGGCUGACCGUGUUAUUCCUACUUUGAAACCAAAGCAUCUGUUCUCUGGGAAACGCACUCUUGGAAAGACAAGCAGGCGAUAAGCUCAGCACCUCACUGCAUCUGGUAAUAAAGGACUGGUGCACUGUUGGUUUGAUCAAUUUGAUGAAACGGGUGUUUUUUUUGUGUUCAGCCAGCACUUAUUUAUGCUACUAUUUACGAAAUUUGUCUUGAUGUCUCUGGUCCUCUUGAUAUAUAGUUUUAGUGUUUAAUUCUGUUGAAUGGUACAAAGUUAUCCAUGUCCCCUACUCAACAUGUUUGUAGUUUGCCCAUGAGAUUUUACUAUCGAUCCUUGCUCCUC